CUCAAAUGUCGUCAUCACGCACAUAUCCGACCUGUCCUUGAAGUCACAACACAGGCAAGAUGGUCGCAUACUGGAGACAGGCAGGCCUAAGCUACAUCCGCUUCUCCGCUAUCUGCGCUAGCGCGGUGCGCGCUGCGCUGAAGCCGCAGUUCAAAACCGAGGCACUGAAGGCCGCAGAAGCCAGCGUCAAAGUCCUCAAACCCAAACCAGCAGCCUAGCGAUGUGAGACCAUGAUUUAGUUUUUCCUGGUGUUGUGAGGUCCUGUCACUGUCCUGUCCUGCAGACAAUUGAGAAGAAAAAAAAAAAAAAAUGGAUGAUAUCAA